AUGGCAGAAGGCCACACCAAAUUAUCCCCAGAGAAGCUUGGAGAGUAUACAAUACUAAAGGAUGUUGCGGAAGGUACCUUUGGAAAGGUCAAAAUGGCCGUACACACGAUUACGGGACACAAAGUCGCCAUGAAGUACAUUUCGAAGGCUGUGAUACAGAGGGAGAAAACGAAGACCCGUGUGCGUCGAGAAUUUGAAUACAUGCGCACUCUGCGACAUCCACAUAUCAUCAAACUAUACGAGGUGAUCUCGACGCCGACGGACAUCAUCUUUGUGCUUGAGUUUGCUGGAGGAGAGUUAUUCAACUACAUUGUGAACAAUGGGCGGAUGGACGAGGCGCGGGCACGCCGUUUCUUCCAGCAGAUCAUCUCCGGCAUCGAGUACUCACACCGUCUCAAAAUCGUCCAUCGCGAUCUCAAACCAGAGAACUUGCUGCUGGACGAUGACCUCAAUGUCAAAAUUGCCGACUUUGGCCUCAGUAACGAGAUCAGCGAUGGCGAUUUCCUCACCACGAGCUGCGGGAGCCCUAAUUACGCUGCACCCGAGGUUAUCAGGGGUGGAGUAUACGCGGGGCCCGAAAUCGAUGUAUGGAGUACUGGUGUUAUCUUGUAUGUCAUGCUCACAGGCCGCCUGCCGUUCGAAGACGAAGACGUCCAACUGCUUUUCCAAAAAAUUAGCCAGGGAAAUUUCCACAACCCAAGUUAUCUCUCGCCCGAUGCCAGGUCCCUCAUUUCCUCCAUGCUUGUUGUCGACCCCGUAAAGCGCAUUACGAUUCCGGAGAUCACACAGCAUCCAUUUUUCACGACCGACCUGCCGCGAUAUCUUACGCCUCUGCCUCCACCACCCGGACCUGUGCUUGGCACCCUCAGCUCGCUCGUGACGCCCCCUAAACAGCUCGACUUUGAGAUUAUCGAAGGACUCGGCAAAAUUGAGGAAGAUGUGGUUGAAGAGCUCGCGAAUAGCAUGAUUGACGUCGAUAAGGAUGAUAUCUGGGAGUGUCUGAAAAGGGAUGAUGGAGUGCAGGGCAAUGCUGUCAAGGUUGCGUAUAUGCUAUUAAGGGAUAAGAGAAGACUGGGGAAAGACCUCGCUGAAUUCGCGGAAGCUGAGAGGGACGCCCAACUUGCGGCCAUGGAUCCGCGAAAUGCGAUAUCGCCCACAAUUCUCUCACCAGUUGGCGCAGUCGCAUUGGAAGAAAACCCCUUUGAAGCCGAGUUUAAUGCAGAAUAUGAAUCCGACGAUCCCGAAUCCGACGAGCUCGAUUUCAUCUCCCCUCCGCUCGCUGCUCUUGACCCGAAUAGUUUCUCCCCGUCCAUGAUAGGAUCUACACCCAAUGGCCUUCCUCAAUUCGCCGUCCUCAAUUCCUCUUUGCCUGACCAAUUGCCAGAGCAGCACCAUCUCACAUCAUAUGUAUCGGCAAAGAGAUCAGGGGGAGAAAGAAGAGAAAGAGAAAAGAAGCAACACAAAACAAAGUGGCACUUUGGGAUCAGGAGCAGAAGUCCACCCAUGGAAGUCAUGUUGGAGAUAUACAGAACAUUGAAGACAUUGGGAAUGGAAUGGAAGGACAAAAAGAAUCUGGGAGGACUGGGAGGAUCGAGGGCUCGGGAGGCUAGGGCGGCUAUGGCUGCAGCUAGCGGUCAGGCUACAGGAUUUCCUGGAGGGAAAAUGAUUGAACGGAAUAGGGAUCUUGAUGGGCCAGGCAGCGUUGACCUCAAAGCGGCAUCGAGCAUCUAUUUCGUUGAGACCCGCGCGAGGGUACAGGACGUCGUCGUGCUCAUGAACCUACAGCUUUACAUGGUGGACAGCAUCAACUAUCUCGUGGACUUCCAUCAUAAGAAGAGCUAUCGAGCAAGUACCGAUCCCGAGGCGGGAAAGUUCGAUAUGGCUGUCUUUGAUCCCAUCUUCACACAACAGGAAAGGGAGAAAGACUUGAUUGCUGCGGGUGCUAUCGUGCCGGGUGGUGCUGGUAGUGAUUCCGGGAGAAGCUUGAAAGAGAAAGAAGGCUUGUACCUCAGGGAAGACGAGGUCGUCUCGCCGUUUGUGUUCAUGGAUGUAGCCUGUCGGCUGAUCCUUGAACUGGCUGGUGGAGGCGACUUCCAACGCGUCUCGGAUUAA